CGUCACGUGACGCCGUCCCUUUCCCAAGCACCCCCGCGCGCAGCAGCAGCAGCAGCACGAGGAGGAGCAAGACGCGUGCCCGGCUCACCGCUGUUCGUCGCUUCAGAGAGUUCAACUCAUUGUCUGUGGGACGAAUACGUCGGCCGGCGGUCACGAUGGCAUACAAAGACGCAGGCAAGGCUCCCGUGGACUCGGAGGUGUCCAUCCAUCGCAUCCGCAUCACCCUCACCAGCCGCAAUGUCAAGUCUCUGGAGAAGGUCUGCGCCGACCUCAUCCGUGGCGCCAAGGACAAGAAUCUUCGCGUGAAGGGACCGGUCCGCAUGCCCACCAAGGUGCUGCGCAUCACAACGCGCAAGACCCCGUGCGGUGAGGGCUCCAAGACGUGGGAUCGCUUCCAGAUGCGCAUCCACAAGCGGCUCAUCGACCUGCACAGCCCCUCCGAGAUCGUCAAGCAGAUCACCUCCAUCAGCAUCGAGCCAGGCGUCGAGGUGGAGGUCACCAUCGCCGACGCUUAGGCUCUCGCCCGAUGACUCGCUCACUCGCCCGAUCGCUCACCCACCCGUUUGAUUGCUCGCUCGUGUAAGCGCGUGCUUGUGUGUUUGAUUACGUAAAGGAACACUCAGGUGGGCCUGCGUGACCAGGUACUCGCACAUUGUGUACACCGUACCCACACUGAGUAAGCAUAGCGCGCGCGUGCACACAACAGUGUACACGUUGUACGCUAACGCGGGAUGGUGUUGCGUCGGGCAGUGAGUGCAGCGGAAACCGAGUGCCAUCGAGCAGUGGAGAACCGAUGCCACGUGCAUUUGUUAAAGAAUUUGAAAAAUAAAAAUGAAAAAUUUAGAA